AUGUUAAUGGGCAGUGACGAAGUAUUAGAUCAAAAUUGUCAACAACAAUUUAUACAUGAAAAUGUACUAAAUAAAGAUGUACUAAAUGAAGAUGCACUAAAUGAAGAUGUACUAAAUGAAGAUGUACUAAAUGAAGAUGGACUAAAUGAAGAUGGACUAAAUGAAGAUGGACUAAAUGAAGAUGGACUAAAUGAAGAUGUACUAAAUGAAGAUGGACUAAAUAAAGAUGUACUAAAUAAAGAUGGACUAAAUGAAGAUGGACUAAAUGAAGAUGGACUAAAUGAAGAUGUACUAAAUGAAGAUGGACUAAAUGAAGAUGGACUAAAUGAAGAUGAAGAUGGACUUAAUGAAGAUGUACUAAAUGAAGAUGGACUAAAUAAAGAUGGACUAAAUGAAGAUGGACUAAAUGAAGAUGGACUAAAUGAAGAUGAAGAUGGACUUAAUGAAGAUGUACUAAAUGAAGAUGGACUAAAUAAAGAUGGACUAAAUGAAGAUGGACUAAAUGAAGAUGGACUAAAUGAAGAUGGACUAAAUGAAGAUGGACUAAAUGAAGAUGAAGAUGGACUUAAUGAAGAUGGACUAAAUGAAGAUGCACUAAAUGAAGAUGGACUAAAUGAAGAUGUACUAAAUAAAAAUGGACUAAAUGAAGAUGUACUAAAUGAAGAUGUACUAAAUGAAGAUGAAGAUGGACUAAAUGAAGAUGGACUAAAUGAAGAUGAAGAUGGACUAAAUGAAGAUGGACUAAAUGAAGAUGAAGAUGGACUUAAUGAAGAUGUACUAAAUGAAGAUGGACUAAAUGAAGAUGGACUAAAUGAAGAUGAAGAUGAACUUAAUGAAGAUGUACUAAAUGAAGAUGAAGAUGUACUAAAUGAAGAUGGACUAAAUGAAGAUGCACUAAAUGAAGAUGGACUAAAUAAAGAUGGACUAAAUGAAGAUGUACUAAAUGAAGAUGUACUAAAUGAAGAUGAAGAUGUACUAAAUGAAGAUGGACUAAAUGACGAUGUACUAAAUGAAGAUGUACUAAAUGAAGAUGCACUAAAUGAAGAUGUACUAAAUGACGAUGUACUAAAUGAAGAUGGACUAAAUGAAGAUGCACUAAAUGAAGAUGGACUAAAUAAAGAUGGACUAAAUGAAGAUGUACUAAAUGAAGAUGGACUAAAUAAAGAUGUACUAAAUGAAGAUGAAGAUGUACUAAAUGAAGAUGGACUAAUUGAAGAUGUACUAAAUGAAGAUGUACUUAAUAAAGAUGUACUAAAUGAAGUUGGACUAAAUGAAGAUGAAGAUGGACUAAAUGAAGAUGGACUAAAUGAAGAUGGACUAAAUGAAGAUGGACUAAAUGAAGAUGUACUAAAUGAAGAUGUACUAAAUGAAGAUGUACUUAAUAAAGAUGUACUAAAUGAAGAUGUACAUAAUGAAGAUGGGCUAAAUGAAGAUGUACUAAAUGAAGAUGUACUAAAUGAAGAUGGACUAAAUGAAGAUGUACAUAAUGAAGAUGUACAUAAUGAAGAUGGACUAAAUGAAGAUGUACUAAAUGAAGAUGGACUUAAUGAAGAUGGACUAAAUGAAGAUAGACUAAAUGAAGAUAGACUAAAUGAAGAUGGACUAAAUGAAGAUGGACUUAAUGAAGAUGUACAUAAUGAAGAUGUACAUAAUGAAGCUGUCUUAAUUGAAGAUGAUUUACAUGAAGAUAUAUAA